AUCCGCAUAGCCAAGAGUCUUCAUAGCCGCAUACUUCCCAUGUUACGACUCCAUGUGGGCAAAAAUGCACCCAAGUACUACAAGGGCAAUUGGUCCUUUGACUCGAAGAAGGACGCCCUGAAUUUUGAGCCGUACCACGAUCUGGAGGAUGUCGAGGAGCGGUACAUAUCCACGAAUUCCUUCAACUUUCUCCGAACCAUAACCCAGGAGGAAGAGCUUGUUUUUCGGCAUGUUUACGGAAGAGACGAUACGACUUACGAUACCAGAGCUGUGGAGCUCAACGAUAUACGCGAUCUAGUACUGUUUUUAAUGCCAAGUGAGUUUCUGAGACCCAAAUUCGUCGAAUUCAUGCACCACCAGGCGGUGUAUCACCUCCUUCAUUCGCUGACCAUCUACUUUGAGUACUACCUCCGGAUGGUGGAGUUCGUACUGAUACGACGGGAUGAAAUUUCCGGCGAAACGGCCCAGAUUCAGAACGAACAAACGAAUGAUGUGAAGCGGGUAUUCUCUGUAUAUUUGAGUCAAUAUCGAAUGCUCGUGGCCCGCAAUUACAGUGUUAUCAUCAAGGGCGAAGGCGACUUGGAAAAGUUCUACCACAUGAAGAAGCUCGUCAACAUUUCGCAAAGCAUUUGGGACAAGAACUUCCACGAGCAGUUACUCGCAUGCAGCACUCAGAUCGUGUGGAUUGCCAUGCAUCGCAGGGCCUACAAUGUCAUCGAAAUGGAGAUGAAUCGCCUGUUUUGUUCCGAGCACUUUGUCACGGCUCGAGCUGGGUAUCCUAUCUUCACGCCAGCAGAGAAGAGUCUCCUGUAUGGACGGAACUCCAGGAUUAUGAACUAUCGCCAGCAGGUGUCGCCCCUCAUUCAGGAGUUGCAAAAACCCAACAACGAGGACUUGCCCAUUCUGUGGAUUGGGAAGCGCAAGUAUCGUGGCACUGAUAUUCGCAUAAUGGAGAUGGAGCUGGAGUACAUUGUGCCAGGACCCCAGUUGCGUCUGAUCGACGUGGCCCAUGGUAUUUUGGGGCACCCCAGGAAGCUUUACAACACCAUCCUGGAGCUCCACUGGCCCUCUGUGCGCUACUCGAACUUCUCCAAGCAUCACGACCCCUAUUUCAUCGUUCGACAGCCCCUUCUGAAGAUCCCCAAGAUGGAUGAAAUGAAAAGGCGACAAAUGGCGGAGACCUACGAAAGUUUCUACAAAAUCAAGGAGAUAAACGAUCAUCCCUCCCGUGCAAUCUAUUUAAAGUGGGUGAAACGCGACAAACUCAUCAAUGAUUAUCGUUCUGGAGUCCUACUUACGAGUACCUUACUCCGAGCCGAGAACGAGUUGAACAGCACGAGCCUCAGGCCCAACGUCGAUCAGAUUAUUGCCGACUACAAGAAGAGUGUGGCCAAGAAUCGCAAGCGUUAAAUUUUGUUUUCUUCAUUUGCUUCAU